CCAGGGGCGGACUGACCAUUUGGAAACUCGGGCACUGCCCGAGGGCCCGGGGUCAGUAGGGGGCCCCAUGAGAUGCCCCUGGUACCUUUUUCAUAGGUUUUUUUUAGUUUGGGCAAGGACACAGGGGCCCCAUGAUCCCCUAUUGCCCGGGGGCCCCAUGAGUUGUCAGUCCGCCCCUGGUCCACACUAACACAAUCUGUUGGACACAGGGGCCCCAUGAGUUGUCAGUCCGCCCCUGAUGGUAGCCAAUCAG